AACAUAUAGUCACUGAAAGAUCAUCACUUUUCCAAUUUCAUCACUGAAUGUUAAAAUGUUUCAAGUUGGUAACCCAAAGUUUGUAUUUGUUCCAAACAGAUCAUUCGGGCAGAUUUUGGUGAUUUAGGUCAGUCAACUGGCCACGUGGCCAGUUGACCGUUAAAUACACAAAUCGUUAUGUCAACGUGGCUAACGGCGUGUCAAAAAAUAAGCGGGAUUGAGUUUACCCUAAACCCAAAUCCCUCUCUUUUCUUCGAAAAGAACAAAGAUAUUUUCUUUUAAGCUUCGAUCACCAACACAAGUAACCCAACAAAUCAUCAUAUAUGUUUUGCUCUGGUUUGCUAUGAAACCCCACACUAUUGAGUCAUCGUGACUUCAUACUUGGAUCAUUGGAUUGCGAUUUCAAACCCAUUGCAAGGUAAUAUUUGGUAGAAUGACACCUGCUCCAAGGAGACCACUGACUAGGGCAAGCAAUAGAUUGAGAAGAUCAAUGCAGAGUUCUGGAUUUUCAGGUAUAGUUACAAUUGAUGAUGAUGAUGAUGAGAUUCUGGCCUCAUUCAUGACUAGUUUGGAAGAAGAUGUUAGUGGGUAUGUCGCUGAAAACAACCAGACUGUUGAUGGGCAUGGUGAUGGGUUAGAUGGGGAAUUGGGUGAUAUUGGAGGUGAUGAUGGUUUUCUUGCAGGUGAUAGGAUUGAAGGUGAGGGAGAAGUUGAUGGGGGUAACACUGAUUAUGUUAUGGGGGAUGAUCCAGAUUUCAAAGAAGUGUAUGAAUCUGAAAAUGAAGAUAUAUUGUUGUAUGAACAUGACAGCGACGAUGAAGUUAGGAUGAAAAAGGGUGGAAAUCCUAAAUACAAUCCAAAGAUAAGUAUUGAACAGUAUGUUUUCGAACUUGGAAUGGAGUUUAACUCAAUUAAAGAGUUUAAGGAAGCUAUUAGAAGUUACGCAAUAGAUGGGGGUUACCAAAUUCAUCUUACUAGGAAUGAAAAAGAGCGUUGCCAAGCUAAAUGUGAUAUUGGCUAUCCAUGGAUGAUAUGGUGUUCCAAAAUAAGUGGUGAGAAGACAUUUCAGAUAAAAACAUAUGAGAGGAGACAUAUGUGUAGUCGGAGGAUGGAUAAUAAGCAAGCCAACAGCUCUUGGCUUGCACUUAGGUUAGUGGACAAAGUAAGGGGUGAACCAAAAGUGAGUGCAGGUAAUCUGGUGACAUUUGCAAAGGAUAAUAUGUCUUUGGAUAUCUCAAGGACACAUGCUUAUAGAGCAAAGAAGAAAGCACUAGAAAUCAUCGAUGGGAAGCAUCAAGAACAAUAUGGUAAAUUAAGAAGUUAUAUGGCUGAGGUUUUGAGGACUAAUGUAGGCAGCACAUGCAACAUUCUAGUGGAUAGGAAUAGACAUGAAGACCCUGCUGUGUUCAAAAGAAUAUACAUGUGCUUGGCCCCUCUUAGAGAUGGUUUUCUAGCUGGAUGUAGACCUUUAAUUGGUUUAGAUGGCUGUUUUUUGAAAACAUCAUAUGGAGGACAGCUCUUAACUACAGUUUCUCAAGAUAGUUGCAAUGGAUAGACAUGUGAAACUUAGGAUAAAGAUGGAAAGUAAACAAGGAAGGAUUGUGCCAGAAGUACAUGAUAGGUUGGAUAAGGAAUUUCUCAAAAGUAGAACGUGGACAGCGAAAUGGACUGGAGAUGCUCGACAAGUUGUGUUCCAGCAUUUGUCAGGUGUCCAAAAAACCAUGGCAGUAUGUUGUCAAUUUAGAUGAUCAUUCAUGUACGUGUAGGGCAUGAGACUUAUCAGGGAUACCAUGCACACACGCUGUGGCAGCAAUUAGUUUCUUACACAAAAAUCCUGAGUAUUAUGUACAUGAAGCUUAUACAAGGGAAACUUACCUACGGAUAUAUCAACACAAUGUGGAACCAACUAAUGGAGAAAAUCUGUGGUUAUCUACUGGAGGUGACAAAGUUCUUCCUCCUCCAAUUCAAGUUGCCACUGUUGGUAGACCAACCACCAAAAGAAGAAGAGAACAUGAUGAGCCUAGAAGCAGCAGUAGAUUGAGGAGGAGGUAUCCUAAGAUUAGGUGUACCAAAUGUGGAGGACUAGGGCACAAUAAAAGGGGUUGCAAGAAUCCACCAAUGGCCGAGCAACCCAAUGAUAGUGUUAAUGGCAGAGGAGGAGGUAGGAUAGGGAAUGCUGCAAGAGGGGUUGCUGCAAGAGGGGGUUCUGCAAGAGGGGGUGCAAGCAAAAUGCCAGUACGGAGACGUGUUCUGCCACAAGGAAUGGGUGGUUGUAGUCUCAUUGAAAACAACCCUGAAGUUGGCUUUGAGAGGAGUUUCCAUGAAAAUACGUCACAGCCCUGUGUUGUUGGAAUAAGUAAAAGUCCAGCAAAAGUACGUGCCAUUAGAAGGAUGCCAAACAUAGGUUCAACAAUUCAAGGGGCAACUUCGAGUUCCAGGUACAUGUCAAUGUUGAAUGCUACACAAGAAUCAGUGGCAAAUACAAGCAAGAAUAUAUAAAUAGGCUUCAACUGUCUGUCACGUUUUGUUUUAGAGUUGGAGUAGCAAAGAUGUAGUUAUGUCUGCCAUAUUUUGUUUUAGUGUAGGUUUAGUAAUGAAGUAGUUAUCCUUUUUUGGCAGAAUGGUAUUUUGGGAUGCUUUGGCAUGUUUUAUCCAAUGUUUUGGACAAUGUAAGAUAUUACCUUAUUAUCUACUUAUUUGGGUAUAUAUUUUUCUUUGCUA